AUGGCAGCACUUAUUUCUAAGCGGAUACGCGUUUCUGGCAGAGAACGGUACACAUUUUCAUAUUUCUCCUUUUCGCUCUUCGGUGCAGCGAAAACUGGCUAUGGUCCUGGUGAAAAAUAUUGGGGUCAUGUCGAUCUACGCACUGGUGCACACAUGUUCUACUGGCUCUACUAUACCACGGCUAAUGUCUCCGCCUAUACUGAACGCCCACUUGCCAUUUGGUUGCAAGGUGGUCCCGGUGCUUCAUCUACGGGUUAUGGCAACUUCGAAGAAUUGGGUCCACUCGAUUUAUAUGGCAAUUAUCGCAAUUUUACUUGGGUGAAGGAUAUGAAUGUACUCUUCAUCGAUAACCCUGUGGGCAGUGGUUUCAGCUAUGCUGACAGCUAUCGUUAUUUAACUAAAACCAACAAUGAGAUUGCUUUGGAUUUGGUUAGUUUAAUGAAAGGCUUCUACAAGCGUCAUCCGGAAUUCGAAACAGUACCUUUGCAUAUAUUCUGUGAGAGCUAUGGCGGUAAGAUGGCACCCGAGUUUGCCUUGGAAUUGUAUUACGCUGUGCAACGUGGUGAGUUGCGCAGCAAUUUGACUUCGGUUGUGUUGGGUGAUCCAUGGACCUCGCCAAUUGAUUCUGUAUUGGCAUGGGCGCCAUUAUUGUUGCAAAUGGUAAAUGCGAAAGUGCAUACACGGAUAU